AUGGCUGCAGAAGAGGGGUCGUAUCCUCGUAAUUGGCAAGUCGGAUCGCCUGAGAUAGUCGAGGUUGGAGAGGAAAGCAUGAGCAUGGAUGGAGGUUUUAAUGAUGUUUAUGUUGCUGUUGGGAAAAAUGAUUUGCAUGUUGUUAAAUGGGCACUUGAUCAUGCUGUUUCUCCAGGGAAAAAUCGCGUUUUCCUUGUGCAUGUUUUCCAUCCUAUUACUUACAUCCCUACUCCAGUGGGAAUGCUAUCAAAGAGCCAAUUGAGCAAAGAGCAAGUGCAGGCUUAUGUCAAUGAGGAGAGUAACAGGAGGAUGAAUCUCUUGGAAAAAUAUAUUCGUCUAUGUAACGACAGAAAAGUAGAAGUAGAAACAAUGCUUGUGGAGAGCAAUGCAGCAGCCAAGGCAAUUCUUGAUCUGAUUCAUGUUGUUAGCAUUACCAAUCUUGUUAUAGGAAUCAAACAAUCACCUUUCACAAGGUUAUCUAGAAGGGGACAAGGUAAAGGAGAAUACGUUCAUAAGCAUGCACCGGAGUUUUGCAAGAUUAGUUUGGUCGAUGAUGGAAAAAUGACCAAGGGCAUUAAAAUGCACAAUGAUUUGAUGGGACAGCCACCGUUUGUGAUUCCACCACCAAGUGGUGAUGCACCAAGCUAUGGCCAUGGAGUACCAGCUCCGUACGGAGGUGUUCCAGUGGCACCUCCUUCUAUGAGGGGGGGUGAGAGAAUUGAAGGAGGUGGUGCUGGUACUUUUGGAAGGAAUUCUUCUUUUGAGCAUGGUGUUGGAAGAGGGUUCGAUGUUACCCAUGGUAACAGUAUAGGUGGCCGUGGUGGAGGAUUUAGCAAUGGAGUGAUUGGAGACAGGAGUGAUGGAAGAAGCCGUGAUGGUGGAAGAGGAGGUGGUGUUUCCGGGAGGGGUUUUGAUUUAGGUCGUGGCAGAGGUAGAAAUGGGAGAGGUGGAAAUUUUAGCGGUGGGCUUAGUGCAGGUAGGAGCAGUUUUCAUGGAGGUCGUGGUGGCAGUGAUUGGAGAGGGAGUAGGCCUAGAGAUGACUUAGAUAACAUUGCUCUUCCCAGGCAAGAUUUUGAUAACUUGGUUCCUUUUAGAAAGGACUUCUAUGUAGAGAGCCCGUCUGUGAGAGCAAUGACUGAGCAAGAGGUUGCAAGUUAUCGUGCUAGGCGGGAUAUUACUGUUCAAGGCAAUGAUAUACCCAAGCCAAUCCGAACAUUUCAAGAAGCAAGUUUUCCUGAUUAUUGCCUUGAGGUUAUUGCUAGAUUGGGUUUUACUGAACCAACUCCGAUUCAAUCACAAGGAUGGCCAAUGGCUUUAAAGGGUAGAGAUUUGAUUGGCAUUGCUGAGACUGGUUCAGGAAAGACCUUGGCCUAUUUGCUACCUGCUUUGGUUCAUGUUAGUGCUCAGCCCCGGCUGGCGCAAAAUGAAGGUCCCAUUGUAGUAAUAUUAGCUCCAACCAGAGAAUUAGCUGUUCAGAUUCAACAAGAAGCUUUAAAAUUUGGAUCACGUGCAAAUGUAAGGAGCACUUGUAUUUAUGGUGGUGCCCCAAAAGGUCCACAAAUUCGUGAUCUGAGAAGAGGGGUUGAAAUUGUGAUUGCUACUCCUGGAAGAUUGAUAGAUAUGCUGGAAUCUCAACAUACAAACUUGAGAAGAGUGACUUACCUUGUGUUGGACGAGGCUGAUCGUAUGCUGGAUAUGGGAUUUGAGCCCCAAAUCAGGAAAAUUGUUUCCCAGAUUCGCCCGGAUAGGCAAACCUUGUAUUGGAGUGCCACGUGGCCAAGGGAGGUGGAAACUCUAGCAAGGCAAUUUCUGCGCAAUUCUUAUAAGGUUAUCAUUGGGUCUCCAGACCUGAAAGCAAAUCUAUCUAUACAACAAGUUGUUGAAAUUAUGACAGAUUCGGAGAAAUAUAACAGGUUGAUCAGAUUGCUGAAAGACGUGAUGGAUGGAAGUAAAAUUUUAAUUUUUGUGGAAACAAAGAAAGGUUGUGAUCAAAUUACAAGACAGCUGAGAAUGGAUGGAUGGCCAGCGUUAUCCAUUCAUGGUGAUAAAAGCCAGGAUGAAAGGGAUCGAGUCCUUGCCGAGUUUAAGAGUGGCAGAAGUCCUAUAAUGAUUGCCACUGAUGUGGCUGCUCGUGGUCUUGAUGUGAAGGACAUAAAAUGUGUCAUCAAUUUCGACUUCCCAUCAAGUCUCGAGGAUUAUGUCCACAGGAUUGGGCGAACUGGUCGUGCAGGAGCCAAAGGAACUGCUUUCACAUUUUUUACCCACGGAAAUGCCAAGUAUACAAGAGAACUAAUUAAGAUCCUGCAACAAGCAGGACAAGCUGUUCCUCCUGAGUUGGCUGCGAUGGCCCGAUCAAGUGGAGGAGCUUCCGGAAGCAACUUCCGAUCCAGAGGUCGAGGAGGUUUUGGUGGUCGAGGAAGAUUUGGCAACCAUGGGAUAUCUGGGUCGAACACGAUCCCUCUUGGUGGUACAAGGAGGCCUUGGUAG